CCGUUAGCUGCUAAAGUUAGCCCGCUUCUUCCGCCUCAAAUGAAAGAAUACAAAGUGGUGGUGCUGGGCAGCGGCGGCGUCGGCAAGUCCGCGCUGACCGUCCAGUUUGUCACCGGCACCUUCAUCGAGAAAUACGACCCCACCAUCGAGGACUUCUACAGGAAGGAGAUCGAGGUGGACUCGUCGCCCUCCGUGCUGGAGAUCCUGGACACGGCGGGGACGGAGCAGUUCGCCUCCAUGAGGGACCUGUACAUCAAGAACGGCCAGGGCUUCAUACUGGUCUACAGUCUGGUCAACCAGCAGUCUUUCCAGGACAUCAGACCCAUGCGAGACCAAAUCGUGCGAGUGAAGCGCUUCGAGAAGGUGCCGCUGAUCCUGGUGGGCAACAAAGUGGACCUGGAGUCGGAGCGCGAGGUCGCCGGUUCGGACGGCCGAGCCCUGGCCCAGGAGUGGGGCUGCCCCUUCAUCGAAACCUCGGCCAAGAGCAAGACCAUGGUGGACGAGCUGUUCGCCGAGAUCGUACGGCAGAUGAACUAUUCCACGCUGCCGGAGAAGCAGGAGCAGUGCUGCACGGCCUGCAUGGUCCAGUGAAGACGGAGAUGCUGUGCUUGUUUAUUUCGGAUCGCCACAAGCAUUUUUUGGAACGGAGCGAGGGGGGGGGGGGGGCCCACCAAACUCCGCCCUGCCCUGCCCUGCCCCGCCCACGUUUCUGUCCGAAGGAUUCCCGAGCGUCUUAACAGGAGAGCGUCUGACAGCCGAGAUGUCAGUCCUAUUUUUGAUAUCCUAACUCUUUAGAAGAUGUUUCUGCUGCAACUUGAAAAUUUUUUUUUUUUUUUUUCGUGACGUAAAGCGGAAAGGGAUGGCGUCACGGACAACGGACUCGGGCGGCCAUCUUUGGAUGUCCUUCUUUUUCCCCUCCUUUUAGUCAGAAACGGCCCUCAAGUGUAAUAAACGAGUGUUUGUGAGGUAGCGGCCUCUUUUUUUUUUUUUUUUUUUUUUUUUAAAGCUGCUUUAAUCACCGUUUUAAACUUUAUGACUUGUAUUAUGUCACAGUUUUGAAGAAGUAUUUCAUAUUCUUAUGGAAAUGGAUUUGAAGCAUGCCUUGCUUUUAAGUUGCUGCGCUGCAAGUACGCGCUUCCUCCUAUUUUUUUUUUUUUUAGAAUUUGUCUAGACUUCCGUGUCUCCAUGCUGAAAGUGCAGCUUUUUAUUUGUAUUUUUGUUUUGUUUUUUUUAACUUCAGGAAACGUCGACAGGAAGUUUGAGUGUCUGCCGGCGGCCAUCUUUACACCUUUUUAAAUUUGCAUGCUCAAAAUGACUCCCAGAAUUGGAUACUGUACGCAUCAUUAUGUGAGGCGUCACGGGCAUAUUUGUGUUAGUCGACGCCCCCCCCCCCCCCC